AUCCCAGCGGCUCCCGCGCCGCGGCUCCAGCCGCUGCCGCCUCAGCUUUUCUACAGCGACCGCGGCGGCCGCGGCUGAGUUGGUGGCGGCGGCAGCAGUGGUGGCUGCGGGCUGAGCAGCGAAUUUCCGAUUUAGAGCUGAGCUGCGAGGAAAAUGGCGGCGGGCGGAUCAAAAUACUUGGUGAACAGUGGAUUCAGAGACCAAUAAAAACAAAGUACUUGAACAUCGUUUGGGUAGCCAGUUGCUGAUGUGUAUUCAAGAUGAGUGGAUUAGGGGAAUCCUCUCUGGAUCCACUGGCUGCUGAGUCACGAAAACGCAAAUUGCCAUGCGAUAUUCCUGGACAAGGCCUUACCUGCAGUGGUGAAAAGUGGAGACGGGAGCAGGAGAGUAAAUAUAUUGAAGAACUGGCUGAACUGAUAUCUGCUAAUCUUAGUGAUAUCGACAAUUUCAAUGUCAAACCAGAUAAAUGUGCGAUUUUAAAGGAAACUGUAAGACAAAUACGUCAAAUAAAAGAGCAAGGAAACGCUAUUUCUAAUGAUGAUGAUGUUCAGAAAGCUGAUGUAUCUUCUACAGGACAGGGAGUUAUUGAUAAAGACUCCUUAGGACCACUUUUACUUCAGGCAUUGGAUGGUUUCCUGUUUGUGGUGAAUCGAGAUGGGAACAUUGUAUUUGUGUCAGAAAAUGUUACACAAUACCUCCAGUAUAAGCAGGAGGACCUUGUCAACACAAGUGUCUACAGUAUCUUACAUGAAGAAGACAGAAAGGAUUUUCUUAAAAACUUACCAAAAUCUACAGUUAAUGGAGUUUCCUGGACAAAUGAGACCCAGAGACAAAAAAGCCAUACAUUUAAUUGCCGUAUGUUGAUGAAAAUACCUCAUGAUAUCCUGGAAGACAUAAGCACCAGUCCUGAAAUGCGCCAAAGAUAUGAAACAAUGCAGUGCUUUGCUCUGUCUCAGCCACGAGCUAUGAUGGAGGAAGGGGAAGAUUUGCAAUCCUGUAUGAUUUGUGUGGCACGCCGCAUUACUACAGGUGAAAGAGCAUUUUCAUCAAAUCCUGAGAGCUUUAUUACCAGACACGAUCUUUCAGGAAAGGUUGUCAAUAUAGAUACAAAUUCACUGAGAUCAUCCAUGAGGCCUGGCUUUGAAGAUAUAAUCCGAAGGUGUAUUCAGAGAUUUUUUAGUCUUAAUGAUGGGCAGUCGUGGUCCCAGAAACGUCACUAUCAAGAAGCUUAUAUCCAUGGCCAUGCAGAAACCCCAGUGUAUCGAUUCUCAUUAGCUGAUGGAACUAUAGUGGCUGCACAAACAAAAAGUAAACUUUUCCGAAAUCCUGUAACAAAUGAUCGUCAUGGCUUUGUCUCAACUCACUUUCUUCAGAGAGAACAGAAUGGGUAUAGACCAAACCCAAGUUCCAUUGGACAAGGCAUUAGACCUCCUGGAGCUGGAUGCAAUAAUUCAGUAGGUGGCAUGAACGUGUUGCCGAACCAGAGCUUACAGAUGCUGAACAACAGGGCCUGUGGCAUGGCAGAUCCUAGUACCAUAGGGCAAAUGAGUGGAGCUAGGUUUGGGGGUUCCAGUAACAUAGUUUCACUGACUCCUGGGCCAGGCAUGCAGUCACCACCUUCAUACCAGAACAACAGCUAUGGGCUCAGCAUGAGUAGCCCCCCACAUGGGAGUCCCAGUCUUGGCUCCAGCCAGCAGAAUAUCAUGAUUUCUCCUCGUAAUCGAGGGAGUCCAAAGAUGGCUUCACAUCAGUUUUCUCCUGCAGGUGUGCAUUCACCCAUGGGAUCUUCUGGUAAUACUGGGAGCCACAACUUUUCCAGCAGCUCGCUCAGUGCCCUGCAAGCCAUCAGUGAAGGCGUGGGGACUUCUCUUUUAUCUACUUUGUCGUCACCAGGCCCCAAAUUGGAUAACUCUCCCAAUAUGAAUAUAACUCAACCGGGUAAAGUAAGCAGUCAAGAUUCUAAGAGUCCCCUAGGCUUGUAUUGUGACCAAAAUCCAGUGGAGAGUUCAAUGUGUCAGGCAAAUAACAGAGAUCACCUCAGUGACAAAGAAAGCAAGGAGAGCAGUGUUGAAGGUUCAGAGAAUCAAAGGGGUCCUUUGGAGAGCAAAGGUCACAAAAAAUUACUACAGUUACUUACCUGUUCUUCUGAUGACCGGGGUCAUUCAUCCUUAACAAACUCCCCGCUGGAUUCAAGUUGUAAAGACUCUUCCAUUAGCGUUACCAGCCCCUCUGGAGUCUCUUCCUCCACAUCUGGAGGAGUGUCGUCUACAUCCAAUGUUCAUGGGUCACUCUUGCAAGAGAAGCACCGAAUUUUGCACAAGUUGCUACAGAAUGGGAAUUCGCCCGCUGAAGUAGCAAAGAUCACUGCAGAGGCCACUGGGAAAGACACUAGCAGUACAGCUUCUUGUGGGGAAGGAAAUGUCAAGCAGGAGCAGCUAAGUCCUAAGAAAAAGGAGAAUAAUGCACUUCUUAGAUAUCUACUGGACAGGGAUGAUCCCAGUGAUACGCUUUCUAAAGAACUACAGCCCCAAGUAGAAGGAAUGGAUAAUAAAAUGGGUCAGUGCAACAGCUCCACCAUUCCUAGCUCAAAUCAAGACAAAGACCCUAAAGUUAAGACAGAAACCAGUGAAGAGGGAUCUGGAGACUUGGAUAAUCUAGAUGCUAUUCUUGGUGACCUGACUAGUUCUGACUUUUACAAUAAUUCCAUAUCCACAAAUGGUAGUCAUCUGGGGACCAAGCAACAAAUAUUUCAAGGAGCUCAUUCUCUGGCAGGUUUGAGAAGCCCACAGUCUGUGCAGUCCAUUCGUCCUGCAUAUAACCGAGCAGUGUCUCUAGAUAGCCCUGUUUCUGUUGGCUCAAGUCCUCCAGUAAAGACCAUUAGUGCUUUCCCCAUGUUACCAAAGCAACCCACGUUGGGUGGGAAUCCAAGAAUGAUGGAUAGUCAGGAAAAUUAUGGCAACAAUAUGGGUGGACCAAAUAGAAAUGUGACUAUGAAUCAGACUCCUUCCUCAGGAGACUGGGGGAGCUUACCAAACUCAAAGGCCAGUAGAAUGGAACCUAUCAAUUCAAACUCCAUGGGACGACCAGGAGUAGAUUAUAAUGCUUCUUUACCUAGACCGACAAUGGGUGGCUCUAUGUCCACAUUGCCUCUUCGGUCUAACAGCAUACCAGGUGCAAGACCAGUGUCACAACAGCAGCAGCAGCAGAUGCUUCAAAUGAGGCCUGGCGAGGUUCCCAUGGGAAUGGGAGUCAAUCUCUAUGGCCAAGCAGCAGCAUCUAACCAACCAGGUUCCUGGCCAGAGGGCAUGUUGUCCAUGGAACAAGUUGCUCAUGGGACUCAAAAUAGGCCCCUUCUUAGGAAUUCCUUGGAUGAUUUUGUUGGGGCUCCUUCUAACCUGGAAGGCCAGAGUGAUGAAAGAGCAUUGUUGGACCAGCUACACACUCUUCUGAACAAUACAGAUGCCACAGGCCUGGAAGAAAUAGACAGAGCUUUGGGCAUCCCUGAACUUGUAAAUCAGGGACAGGCUUUGGAGCCCAAACAGGAUGCUUUCCAAGGCCAAGAAGCAUCAGUAAUGAUGGAUCAGAAGGCACCAUUAUAUGGACAAACCUACCCAACACAGGGGCCUCCAAUGCAAGGAGGUUUUAAUCUUCAGGGACAAUCACCUUCUUUUAAUUCCAUGAUGAAUCAAAUGAACCAGCAAGGCAAUUUUCCUCUUCAAGGAAUGCACCCGAGGGCCAACGUCAUGAGACCUCGGACAAACACUCCCAAGCAACUUAGAAUGCAGCUUCAGCAGAGGCUGCAGGGCCAGCAGUUUUUGAAUCAGAGCCGGCAGGCGCUUGAAAUGAAAAUGGAAAACCCCACCACUGGUGGUGCUGCAGUGAUGAGGCCCGCGAUGCAGCCCCAGGUGAGCUCCCAGCAGGGUUUUCUUAAUGCCCAGAUGGUUGCCCAGCGCAGUAGAGAGCUACUGAGUCAUCACUUCCGACAACAGAGGAUGGCUAUGAUGAUGCAGCAGCAGCAGCAGCAACAGCAGCAACAGCAGCAGCAGCAGCAGCAGCAGCAGCAACAGCAGCCCCAGCCCUUCAGCCCACCCCCAAAUGUGACUGCUUCCCCCAGCAUGGAUGGGGUUUUGGCGGGACCUGCAAUGCCACAAGCUCCACCACAACAGUUUCCAUAUCCACCAAGUUAUGCAAUGGGACAACACCCAGAUCCAACCUUUGGUCGAGUGGCUAGUCCUCCUAAUGCAAUGAUGUCAUCAAGAAUGGGUCCCUCCCAGAAUCCCAUGAUGCAACACCCUCAGACUGCACCCAUGUAUCAGUCCUCAGAAAUGAAGGGCUGGCCAUCAGGAAACUUGGCCAGGAACAGCUCCUUUGCCCAGCAGCAGUUUACUCACCAGGGAAAUCCUGCAGUAUAUAAUAUGGUGCACAUGAACGGUGGCAGUGGUCACAUGGGACAGAUGAACAUGAACUCGAUGCCCAUGUCUGGCAUGCCCAUGGGUCCUGAUCAGAAAUACUGCUGACAUCUGUGACCAGCACUUCUAAGGAAAUCACUAUACACACUGCACUAGGAUUAUUGAGAAGGAAAGAAUCAUUGUUCCAGGCAUGCAGCUUUGAAGAAAGGACCACCUUUGAUCUCUGUUAAGGGUAUUCUCUGUUAAGGGUCAUUUGAGCAGGACUGAAUUUUAAGUUGAAGUGCAUUGUCUGCCUGUCUCCCCCCCGCCCCCAAUUGUGGUGUUCAAAACAAAUAUUUUUGACAUUCUGCCCCCUAGGGAUGUGAUUCUGGAGAUACAGACUGUUACUGAUCACAAAACUUUCCUCUAGCCACUUUUUUUCUCAUAGUAGCUAAAGUCUUUCAAAUAAAUUGGGGGUUGGGGACAGGACAGAAUGUUGGAGAGGUCAAGGGAGAUUAGAACAUCUGGUUUCUCUGCUUGCAUUAUUGGACAGAGCAUAAUCCCAGCCUUUAAGUGUUUUUGUCACUACCAAAAAGUUCUGUGUUGACGCCUUAUCCAGUAGAAUUGGCAUUUCUGAGUUCUUGUUCAUUACUGAUGGUGUUGAUUUGCUGUCCCCAUUCUUUCUUGUCCCAGACUUUCUGUUAGUAAAGAUUUCCAUUUGCCUCUAAUGUCCUGUAAUACCUCCAGGAAUCAUCAUUGAUGUUAAAUGGCUUUGCAGAAGGGAAAAUGAGAUGACAGUAUUUAAUUGCAGUAGUAGCAAAAUUUUUACAUGCUAACGUGCAGCUGAGUGCACUUUAUUUAAAAAGUAAUGGAUAAAUGCAAUAUUCUUGAGGUCUUGAGGAACUAUAGAACACAUGACACAUUCCUGGUUUUUGUCUACACUAAUCUGUUGGACAAGAGCUUUGAUUGUUUUUUUUUUUUUUUUUUGUAAGUACUGGUGUCACCCUUUGCCUAUAUGGUAGAGCAAUAAUGUUUUUUGAAAAUAAACUUCGGAAAACCCAAGGCCAGGUACUGCAUUCUGAAUCAGAAUUUCGCAGUGUUUCUGUGAAUAAUUUUUUUGUAAAUAUGACCUUUAAGAUAUUGUAUUAUGUAAAAUAUGUAUAUACCUUUUUUGUAGGUCACAACAACUCAUUUUUACAGAGUUUGUGAAACUAAAUAUUUAACAUUGUUGAUUUCAGAAAGCUCAGCAUGGUGAGGCUAUAAACAGACCCCUUGGAUUUCAUGGCACAGGGGAGGGACAGUGGUCCUCGGCUUCUCCAUACCCCAGCUUUAGAUGUCUCACCCUUUUCAGUCUUUUUAUCUAAAUGUUUUUAAAAGAGAUUUGUUUAGAUGUAGGCAUUUUAAUUUUUUUAAAAAAAUUCCUCUGCCAGAACUAAGCACUUUGUUAAUUUUAGGAGAAAGUAGCGAUAUGCGGAAAUAAACAGAAAAUCAGGAAUUAAAAAAAAAAUCAAGUAAUUUUAAAAAAGCAUCUUUUGGAUUUUAAGCAGCCCACAAAUUAAAUGCUAGCAAUUCAUGUUUUUUGUUUUCAUUGUUAAAUUGAGGUUUUUGCCUUUUCAUCCAUUUAAGAAUGUUCUAAGAUUUUGGUUGCUAAGACCUGAAUCCUACAAUGAGAUCUCAGGAAUAGAAUCCAUGGCGUCUGCUUACCUGUCUCUCAUUCUGCUAAUGUGAUGCUUUCACUGUCCCCGUGAAUUAGAAUAAUGUCUUUGUUAUUUCUUAAAAGCUCAGCAGCCAGUUUUUUGCUGUGAUUCAGAGUCACAAUCUAACUGAGCACCUUCGUUCCCCUUCCUUCUUCUGCCCUCACCCCCCCACCCCCGGGGGGCCAUUUUUUGCUGUUGUCUCUCCUUGACACCUGUUCUGGUCAGUUUGAGUAGAUGGAAAAAAUCGAGUUUAAUUCUUUUUAUCUGGAUUAUUAUUUUAGGUUCAAACAGUUGAAUGAAAUUAUUUUUUGGACUAUAUGAAUUUCAAAUGUCGGCUAGCCUUGGUGUCAUUUUCUAGCAAUAAACUGAGAGCCAGUUAAUUGUUUUAAUUUCACCCAUGUUUAGCCAAUGUUUCUAGCUGUCUCUGAAGGUAAGGUCAUUUAAUUUCUUUGAUAUGCUUAUUAGUAAGUAAAACCCGGUAUUUCCAGAAUCACCAGUACAAUGGAUUUUAUUUUUGUAAUGGUGUAGACAAUUCUGAGUUUGCCCUUCUUACCUUUCCUCCUCCCACCAGGUUUAAAAUAAAUCUGAGAUUGUAAAUCCACAAACUUACAUUGUAAUUGCCUGUGCUUUUCAAAUAACAUAUUCUGCUGUUUGGAGACAGAGGCACAGCUGAGCAGGAGUCUGCCCUUUCCAGCUCAGUUGUGUCAGGUGUGUCUAAACUGUCCUCAUUUAAGUUGGGUGGGGAAGAAUAGACUGGUGCUCUCUAUUAACUUUCUUGACUUUUCAAAAUUAUUAAACAAAACAAAGCCUAAAAGUUUUGUGCUUCUUUUCUCAGUCCUGGCUCCAGGCUAACUGGAAGACAGUUCUCUCUUUUUAUAUGAGGAGAAAAAGUAUAAGUUUAUUAUAGUUUUUAUAUUUUCUACUUAUUCACUUUAUUGGUGCAAACUCAAGAUUUUGAUUUUAAUAGUUGCAGUCUUUGAGAUAAUUUCUUAUUUUUACCCUUAGUGCCCUUUUGUCUUUUGGGGAUAAUUCACUUUGUACUCCUGUUACCUAUCUCUUCUCACAGCCUACCACCCUCAUUUUAAAAGCCUUGGUACCUGUUGGGUGAACAGUAUAAGUAAUCUUUUCAUCUGCUUUUAGAAUGUGGGAUAUUUCCAAUACCUACUUUUUUGCUGAAUCCAAAGAUAUAGAAAUAAAACAUAUAUUUUAUAAAGAUCAAAAUGAUAUAAAGGAGAUGUUUCUUCCUUUAAAAAAUAAAUAGAAGUUGCAUUGUUAAUGUUCAUGUUAUGAUGCUACUUUUCUAAAUUGUACAUCUGGAUCGAGAGGUGUAAAUAUCAGUAAACAGUACUACUUAGUUAUCAGUAUUUAAUAUCUAAGAUGAGUUGGGGGUAUGUUAGGGGUAGGUUAUUACAGUAGGUAGUUGACUUUUGAUCCAGAGGUAGACACUGCUGGAAAGUAAAUAGAAUGGCCUGCCAGAUACUCACAUGUCCAGUUCCCUGCAGAAGCCAUGAGUUUUGCUCAUAAGUAGGAGAUUCUUAGAAGCAAAACCUCUAGGAUGGAUGAAAUUUUUCUCCUGUUGCAAAGGAAAGAGUGAUUUUCAACUUGAAGGCACACUAUUUAAUAAUGAACAGGGUGGUUUCCUUUUCUUUCCUCCCUUUUCUUUCUUUCUCUAAUAUAUGGAAAUGUCAUUCUGAGAGCAAUAUUCAAAUUCUCAGGAAUUGACUUAUAGUACUGAGAAUAAAUUCAAUUUCAAUCAAGUUUAUACUAAAUGUUGCUUAAAAAAAGUCAGAAUCAUUCUUUACCCUGCAACGAAUUGAUACCACUGAGAUGACUUAAUGAGUUGGGGAGUGGUGAGCUGUGACUGCUUUGCUGACAGUUUGGAUGCCAUUGUAAAUAAACGUUUCUAUUUAAAA